GUGUGUGAGGGAGUGUGCUAGACAGUGUCAGGGAGGAAGAUUGGUAUUAGCGAGGGAGUGCCGGGCGGGCGUGCUGUGGGUGGUUACGUCACGCUGAGAGCCAGGCGGGGCGAGGCGGGCGGUGAGGAGAGCGGGCGGAGGGUUUGGGCGGCACGGGGCUGAGCGGAACGACACAAGGCGCGCACAGUCUUACCUUGCCGCGACGCUGCCCACCACAGCCUGACAGCCCCGCCACCUCCCUCACCCACGCCCACCACGUCGCAAAAAGCCAAGAGGCAGACCAUCAGGAAAGACACCCUCGCAUACACACGUGGUCAUGGCGCCGCUGGGAACAUAAAUGUGAAUGCAAAUGGCGGCGAGGAUGCUGCAUCUACAGGAAACUUGCGAGUGUCAGUGUGUGAAGGCCGGCAUGGUGCGGCUUACUGUUGCAGCCGCGGCAGGAGGAACCGUGGCGGGACUUGCGGUGGAGGCCCUAGCGGUGGUGGAGGGCGGGAGGGUAUGCAGGAGACCCAGAAGAGAAGGUGGGAGGUCUUACGUGUGUCGUGUGUGUGAGCGCAGGUUCCCGCGGCCGUACCUUCUGCUGGUGCACGAGAGGACCCACACGCCCCUCACCUGCCCCGUCUGCGGCCGCACCUUUCGCCGCUCCGAGCACCUCAGGAUACACAGAGAAUCUCACGGUGGAACCAAGAGAACCACGUAAGGCGAACUCCACUCCACUUGCACCUGCGUCUCCACCUUCAGGAUGGCUAAGGAAAAGACCACCGCCACCAUCACCACCACCGUCACUUCCAGUCCACCAGAAUACCACAAAUACUUUUUUUUUUAACUAAUUUCUGGUUAAUUUCGUAACUACCAGACUUAACUUUCCACCCCUCUCCACACUUCUUCUCUCUCUCCAUACGCCCUUCGUCUUCGUCUCCUUUGCUUGUCGUCCCUCUGUCUCUCCCCUCCUCAGCCCUAACCACACUCAUCUCACCUUAACCGGGCUUAACCACAUCUCAAGCCACACUUUCGUUCCAGCGCGACCACACACACCUCACCGGUCCUCUGUUCUCCCUUCCUCACUAAUUUCCCCCUUCACCCUCAUCCACGUCCUUCGCGCCCACCUCUGAUACCCCCGAGCCAUCCUGCAUCACCCAUAUCACACCACGAACCUGCAAACUACAAGCCAAGGCCACACAAAAACCGCCCAAAAUCGCCCGAAAUCACCCGCAACCAUACGAAGCCGCCCAAAGACACCCAACACCCAGCUCUGGCCACCCUGCAGCGCCCGGACAGAGAUAGCAAUUAGAGCGGGGGCGGGGUGGCGUCGAGGCAGGCCUGACGACCCCCGCAAGAGGUUCUUCCCUAUAAUUACCGACGAAUUACAAGCCGGGGCCGUCCAGCGCUAAGUGGGUUCCGGCGUGUUUAUUGUGGCUAGAGGCUCACCCAGGAAUGUGCGGUGGAUACUGGCACUAUGUGGAGGAAAGUGGGUUGUGUGGAGCUUACCUGAUGUGUGGAGGGAAAGAGGAGGUGUGUGUGUGUGUGUGUGUGUGUGUGUGUGUGUGUGUGUGUGUGUGUGUGUGUGUGUGUGUGUGUGUGUGUGUGUGUGUGUGUGUGGAAUGGUAAUCGGUAAUAAGUGUGUGCAUGAAGGAAAUGUACACAUGUGGAGGGCUACGAUGCGUGUUAUGUGGAGGAAAGGUGGAUUAUGCGCAGGGAAAACAUAUGGUGUGUGGAGAAAAGGUGGAUAAUGCGGAAUGGCAAUGGUGUGUGGAGGCGGAGUGAACUGGCAUGUGGAGGUGACGGUAAAUGAUGCGCGGAGGGAUGUGACGAGCGAAAGAAUGGAUAAAAAGUGGAGGAGAGAAUAAACAUGUAAAGAAAACAGGAGUGUGAAAAUAAAUGGAGCAAGAAAAUCGAUUCAAGUGGAAAAAUAUGACUAAUGUGGAAGAAAGGAACAGCAAAUACGUAGAAAAAAAGCAUAAAACGAAAGACGACUGACAUAGGGGAGACAAGAAUAUGCAUGCAGUUUUGGAAUAAAUAAAAAAAAAGGUGAAAAUAUCAAUAAAACAAUGAAAAACACGAAUAAAAUUAGAAAAAUAAGAACAAAAAGAGACUGGUGAAUAAAUAAAAAGCGGUGAAAUAAAGGCUUGAAAAGACAUGGACACAAAAAAAUAAGAAUACAAUAGAAAAUAAAGGAAUAGCAACGAACUUGUGAUGAAAUAGAGGAUUUAGAAGAAUCAAGCAAAAAAAUACCGACAACUGAUACGUGAGCAAAGCAGCGGGAAGAAUAAAAACAAAAAGAAGAAUAAAGGAAGAAUAAAAGAAGAGACAACGAGAAGGAAGAAUAGGUGGUAAACAAGAGCGAAUAAAAAAAGACUAAGAGAAAUGUAAAACGAGGAAAGAAAGAUGAAUAAAGUUAAAGAUGAAGCUGGAAAGAUGAGAAAAACAAUAAAUGCAGUCGAAAGAACACAGGAUAGAUAAAGCUAAGGAAAUGAGGAAUAAUAACAUGAACAAAACAAUAUGGGUGAAAGAAACAAACAAACACAAACAUAAAGGAGAUAUCUGUCUAAAAUGAACGAGACAAAGAAAAACGAAAGAUAAAAUAGACAAGAAAAUAUAAACGUCAAGCAUUUUCCAAUACUUUAUUUUCUUUCACCGUAACUUGGAAAUCGUCACCGUGGACAGCUAACACACACACACACACACACACACACACACACACACACACACACACACACACACACACACACACACACGAAUGAACAAAGUAUUUACCGUUACCAACACGCACUGCCCAAAACAAAAAGAAAAAUGUAGAAUGAAAUCUGAAACACAUAACAAAAAACUUGACUCACAAAAUUUUGGUCCAUCUCGAAAAACCUUGAAUCUUUGCUGAGUAAGGAAGGAAAACACAAAAUGAAUGUGGUAUUGACGAUUAGAAAUGAAAUACAAGGUGACAAAUACACUAUAGGAGAAAUGCAUGAGUACUUUUUUUUUUAUCAUUACUUAUUACAACAAAGUACUUCCUCCAUUAACAACACCAACACGGCACUAGCACCUCCACAUGCAUGACAUAUAGUUCACAUCCACCAGAACUCAUCACAAUCGAUUCAUCACCACCACCACCACCACCACCAUCACAACCUCCGAAUUCCACCAAGCCUUUACAAUCCAACACCACCGGACCACAACUGCUUUAGAUCCACUACAAACCACCACCACCACAACCACACCAAAGUCCACCACUGCAAUCCACCUUAUCCUUCACUACCACUGUAAAGACUCCACACAUCCACUACUCCCUGCUACUCCCUCUAUCACCUCCACCUUCAAAAGCAUAAAGAGCCACAAAAUAUAGGCAAAAUCUUGAUCUUGUCUACAGUUUGUUAUUCUCCGCUUCUCUGUCGCCUGUCAGUGUUGGUUUAUGUUCCUGCGAAGCU